AUUAUUUCGGCAUACUUUAUUGUCGUUGGUAUUCGGUGGUAGGUAAAAUGGCGUACCUACCAGCUGUAUUUAUUUUAUUUUUGAGUGCGCAUCGCUGUCUCUCUUAUUCACUGGACAACAGCGAUAGCUUAGAGGAUGAAGGAAUCCGCUGGCCUGCGGAGUACCACCUGAAGGGCGAAGAACUGAAUCUCAAGACCGGAAUGAAGGCCCCGUUUGAGAUAUGGUCCAGUAAGAGUCUCAACCGAUACCGCAGAGACUACUACGACGGAGUCGAGAAGAAAUAUUACUACGGGGUUUCUGGUGAAGAAAACUGUACUGUAUAUUAUAUGUUCCCGAUGUCUGAUGAAGAAAGUAUCAACACGAUCAUAUGUGUCGAACAAAGCAAUUAUGACGAUGAUCAAGAAUUCUUACAGCAUUUGCCAAAAGGGAACUAUACAGGGAUAGCAAAGUUCGAAGAUAAGGAAGUUCAGAAAUGGGAUUUCAAAGAAGAAUCAGACGGACAGAGGAUGGAAGUAUCUGCUUAUACCUACAAGGUGGAAGACGAAGACGUCCCCGUUCAAAUUACAGUCAAAGUAUAUGAUUUGGAUAAAGGACGGUUAGAGUCCCAUACUGUGACCAAUUACUACGGCUUCUCAAGUGAAGUGGACGAGACUGAUCUAGACGUGGAAUGGGGGCCAGCAAUGUGCGAUGAUGAGGAAACGUUUUGGGCAAAACAUCACAUUGGUAAACUGAGUCCUGCAAGGAAGCAUCACGUCGACCUGGCGUUUAGAAGGUUUACAACUCAACAUAAAAAGGUUUACGGUGAAGAUGAACACGAGAUGCGAAAAUCUAUCUUCCAUGAAAAUUGGAAGCAGGUAGUCGAACACAACAAUAAAAAUUUGGGAUACAAAUUGGAACUGAACAAAUAUGCAGACUGGACUGACGAGGAGUUCGCAGUCCUCACGGGCCUGAGACCUUCGGAUCGAGACUUCGGCGCUGUGCCCUUCCCUCAUACUGACAAGGAGGUGGAAGCUAUAGUUCAGGACCUUCCUGAGGAGUUUGACCUCAGGAUGGAGGGCGUGAUCACUCCUGUUAAAAAUCAGGGGAGCUGUGGGUCUUGCUGGGCCUUCUGUACCGUCGCCGCUGUAGAAGGGGCGCUGGCGUUGAGGAAUGGCGGCAGGAAUCUGGAUCUUAGCGAGCAGGCGCUGGUCGACUGCGCGUGGGGCUUCGAUGCCCAAGGGUGUGACGGAGGUGCGCCCAACGGUGGUAUGAAGUAUGUUCUAGAACAUGGAGUCCCAACAGAGAUGGAAUAUGGACCUUAUAUGGCAAAGAACGGUUUCUGCGAAGCUUACAACAUGAGCAAAGUGUUUCACAUCAACGGCUUCGGGCAGGUGACUCCUCGCAACGCUAACGCCAUGAAAGUAGUCCUCAAUAAGUACGGGCCUGCUGUAGUUGGCGUUCACGCUGGAACACCCAUGAAGUUUUACUCCAGUGGAAUUUUCUAUGAUGUUACUUGCGAAGGUAGGAGGCAAAACCACGGCGUGACCCUGGUGGGCUACGGCAUCCGUGACGGAGAGAUGUACUGGAUCGUGAAGAACUCCUGGGGCGAGGACUGGGGAGAAGACGGUUACAUCCUCAUUUCGGCCAACAACAACAACUGCUUGCUUAUGGACACUGCCUUCUAUCCGAUAGCUUAGAUUUAGGAUACAAGGCUUCUUGACAAUAUGCGAAUUUAGAGCGAAUGUCCAUCGCCGCCUUCGCAGUAAGAAGUUGACUCCAAAUUUCACAGCGCGACCACGAUGUGUCCAACGUGCAACCAUACCGUGUCAGUGUGCGACCUCGCCGCAUCCAAGCGAAUAUCCAUCGCCGCCUUCGCAGUAACGAUGACUCCAAGGCCACAGCGCGACCACGCCGUGUCCAAUGUGCAACCAUGCCGUGUCCAAAGUGCGACCACUCCGCGUCCAUUUUCAUGCGAAUACUCAUCUCGAUCGGCAGGCAAACGCUCUCAGUGUAUAUUUUUAAUAUCAAGAAGCCGUUGUAUCUCUUCUUUUCAUUUUGUUCAAUGAUUAUUUAGACAUAAAUAAAUUCCACGUGCUGUUGAA